AUGUCAUCCGCUGCAAGCGGAGGGCCUCUUAUGUCGUCGUACUACAGUGACUUAAUUGGAUCAGCGCGCAUUCGAUACGAAGAAAAGGUGCAAAUGUGCGACGGCAUCGAUCCGUACACGCUGCGACCGCACGCCGACACGACGACGGACGUCAACACGCUGCCUGAAGUAACGCACGGAGAUAUCGUGAACUAUCUAGUGUACUCCUCGAGCUUCGCGACUCUUCAGGAAAUGAAAGCCUUCAAGCGGCUGGGUGAAGAGCUUGUCGACGAAGCGGCUUCAGGAAGGAAAAGUGGUCCUGCUUGGGGAGAAACACUCGUGUCCGACAACGGAAGCCAGUUCAUUUCUGCAGAGUUCCAAGCCUACCUCAAGCACAGGGGCAUUCGGCACGUAAGAACCGCACCGUAUCACCCAAGUAGCAACGGACUGGCUGAACGUUUUGUUCAGACUUUGAAGUCAGCGCUCCGCAAGACCAGUCCGAGGAGCGCCAGUGAGGAGUUAGCCGACUUCCUUCUGACGUAUCGUAAUACGCCUCAUGCUACGACAGGGGAGGCCCCUUCCACUUUGCUCCUGGGGAGACGCCUGCGGACCAGACUAGACCUCAUACGACCAGCGGUCGAGAACAGAGUGCGCCAGCGCCAGUUCGACCAGACAAGGCGUCACCCGUGUCGUGACAACGUCAUUGCUGUUGGUGAUGCCGUUCGUGUGCGCAAUUUCCGAUCGGGACCAAAGUGGCCGUGUGCAACAGUUCUUGCCCGUACGGGACCAGUGUCAUAUCGGUUAAGUGUAGUGACUCCGCGUGGUGUGUUCCAGUGGGUGCGUCACCAGAAUCACAUCCGCAACGAUAACACCGGCAUCGCCACGGAGUUCGAACUACCCUUCAGUGAAAGGCAACAAGAAGUUCCCGCACAGGUCCCGGCCUGCGACUCAUCACAUGACGUCGACAGCUCGCCCACCGCACAAAGUGAACCGACGGACACUUCAAACGCUCCUAGCGAACGUCGCUACCCGCAGAGACAGCGUCGCCCACCUGAUCGCUUUGUGCCGUGA